AGUCUUCCCCAAAGUAGGUGGAGUUUCCUGCAUUACAAAAGUCUGAGGCACUGUUCUUGCAGACACGAGGGAAGGUAUCUUGAGCCUUGCAGAAGGAAACAAUCAACUUCAAAAUAUGUCUGCGAAACCCAAACUUACCUACUUCAAUGGCAGAGGACGAAUGGAAUCUACUCGGUGGUUGUUAGCGGCAGCUGGAAUUGAGUUUGAAGAAGAAUUUGUGGAGACAAAAGAACAAUAUGAAAAACUAUGCAAAGAUGGAGCCUUGCUGUUUGGCCAACUCCCACUAGUGGAGAUGGAUGGAAUGAAUCUGGUCCAAACCCGGGCCAUUCUCAACUACAUAGCAGGGAAAUAUAACCUCUAUGGGAAGACCCUGAAAGACAGAGCUCACAUUGACAUGUAUGUAGAAGGGACAAUGGACUUAUUCCAAAUGAUUUUGAUGUUUCCCUUCACCCCACCCGAGCAAAAGGAGAAGCAGGCUGCUACAAUCUUCGAGAAGGCCACCACAAGGUACUUCCCAGUGUAUGAAAAGGCGCUGAAAACACAUGGACAAGAAUUUCUUGUUGGAAAUAGCCUCAGUUAUGCAGAUGUACAGCUGCUUGAAGCUAUUUUAGCAAUCGAAGAGAUAAAACCCGAUGUCCUUGCACAGUUUCCUAAGUUGCAGGCUUUCAAAGCAAGAAUAAGCAAUAUCCCUACCAUUAAGAAGUUUCUGCAGCCUGGAAGCCAAAAGAAACCACCAGCGGAUGCUGUCUAUGUCGCAACUGUGUUGAAAGUACUUACGAUUGAGUAAGAGCUGCCUGUCGGCCUCUUGUAAGAAGGUCAAUAUUGCAUCACUAUGUGCAGUUAAGCGACAUGAUCACCUUUCAGGUUCAUAAUCAGUAAACAGGAUUGUUAUACGUUGAAUGCAUGUAAGGUCUCUGAAAGAAUAUUAAACUUCCCCAUUGCAGUGCUGAGUAUAAA